AUGAGGCUCCAGCUGGAGAAGCAGCUCCUCUUCCUCUCCCUCCUUUGCAUCCUCUCCAAGGUGUGUGCCCAGCUGUGCCGGAGACCAUGCUACUGCCCCGGGGUGCCCCCCCGCUGCCCCCGCGGGUCCCCCCUGGUCCUGGAUGGCUGCGGCUGCUGCAAGAUCUGUGCCCGGCGCCUGGGAGAGCCCUGCGACUUCCUCCACGUCUGCGACCAGAGCCAGGGUCUCGUGUGUGACUACAGCGCAGCACCCAUGGGGAGAGGAGCCACCUGCAACUUUGAAGACACCGAGGAGGGCUGCGAGGUGAAUGGCCGGGUCUAUCGGGACGGGGAAGUUUUCCAGCCCAGCUGCAAGCUGCAGUGCCGCUGCCUGGACGGGGGCUUCACCUGCAUUCCGCUGUGCCAGGAGGACAUCCGGCUGCCCACUCCGGACUGCCCCUACCCGCGGCGUGUGGAGGUGCCAGGGAAGUGCUGCCCUGAGUGGAUCUGCGAAACCCGGGACCAGCACCAUCUCCUCCAGGAUGCCGGGGCAGCCCCCCGGGCAGUGUCCCCGCUGCUGCCAUACCCCUGCCAGGAGUGGAGCACGGAAUGGAGCGCCUGCUCGGCCACCUGCGGCAUGGGCUUUUCUACCCGCGUCUCCAACCAAAACCGCUACUGCAGGCUGGAGACUCAGAGGCGGCUCUGCAUGGCCAGACCCUGCCCGGCUCUGCCGGCAGCAUCCCCAGUGCAGCCAUCUUCCACCCGCUGCGAGGCAGAGCCCCUCUCCCUCCUCCCUGCUCCCUUCCUCUCGCUCCCUCCGGGCGCUGCAGCGUCCGGAGCAGCCGCAGCCCUGCGCGUCCGUGGCUCAGAACAGCUCCCGUGGGCUGUGGCCGGCGCCGAGGGCGCGGCAGGAGCUCCGGGCUGGGGCGGCUCUCACCGCAUCGUCCUCCUGCGCCGGGGCUGA